AUGUUAAAUGCAUUGUGUAGAGAAGCAAACACAUCUGGUAGGAGGCCAUGUCAUUCAUUGACAGCGCGUUGUGGAAAUUGCAAUUUGAAUAAUGCGCUGGGUUCUAGGAGGUCUAGUGUUGAUGGGGCUGGUAUUUUCAAGGGCUUGGUCUGUUUUGCAAAAGAACCCGAAGCAGGUGUUGAAGCUGUUUACCCCCAAGUUGACAUUAAUGAUUCAAAUGACACUCCUCACCCUGUCACUGCAAACUUAAGGAUUGAAGGAGAGAAGAAAGUGCUGUUCUCAUCAAGAUUAAGGAAUAGAAAAUGGAGAUGUUAUGAAGAAAUCAAAGAGAAACUCAUGAGCAAGGUCACAAAAAGAAAGAAAAGUGUGAAGAAGAAAUCUCGACGGAAUACCAAGAGGAGUAGUUGUGGCAGUGAAAAUUGGAUAGUUAAUCGUUCUCUUUCUGAAUCGGAAUUUGAAAGACAAGCAAGAAGCAAACAUCCUUAUUUAUUGUCCUCACCAGGUUGCAUCUCAACUGGCAACUGUAUCCGUCAGGCUUGCAUGGACCAUGGUUUCUUUUACCUAGUGAAUCAUGGCGUGGAGGAAGAAUUGCUUAAGGAAGUUUUUUAGCAGAGUAGCUAGUUUUUUUCACUCCCAGUUGAAGAGAAGAUGAAAUUGGCUAAAAAGAAUCACAGAUGUUGUACAGCGCUCUGUGCUGAAAACCCCGAUACUUCUUUAAGUACCAAAGGUGACAGGAAAGAAAGUUUCUAUAUCGUUCCCUUAGCAGAUCGCCUCAAUCAGUGGCCUUUAGAAGAAGAUCUGCCAUCUUGGAGAAGCACAAUGGAGACUCACCAUAAGAAAGUGCUGUGUGCUAGGACCAGAUUAAUUUCUUUAAUUGCCCUGGAUUUGAAAUUGGUUGAGGAUUUCUUUGAAAAGGUAGGAGCGCCGAAUGAACCAAUGGCAUUUAUUCGUAUAUUACACCAUCCUGAGGACUUGGACUCCUUCAGUGAAGAAAUAUAUGGCGCUCCUGCUCAUUCAGAUUAUGGGAUGAUCACUCUUCUGGUGACUGAUGGUGUUCCAGGGCUUCAGGUUUGCAGGAAGAAAGCCAAGCAACCACAAGUUUGGGAGGAUGUGCCAAGCAUGAAUGGGGCAUUCAUUGUUAACAUUGGGCACUUGUUGGAGAGGUGGACCGAUUGUUUGUUCCGGUCAACACUGCACAGAGUGCUGCCACCUGGAGAAGAACGCUACUCCGUAAGUUUCCUGUUCUACUUCCAUUGUCAUUUCUUGUCUGUCAAAUACUUUAAGUUAAGAAUAAUCUUAGCACUUUAUGGUGUUUGGAGUAAUAAAGAAACUAUAAAGUGUAAGCAUGUGAUAUUUCUAUUAUACAUUAAGGUAUAA